AGUACUGCGAGCUGCAACUUGGCGGGCGGCGGGAUGUUCAGCUGGAUAGGGCGGCAGGCGGGUGGGCGCGAGCGCUCGGGCGGCAUGGACGCGGUGCAGACGGUGACGGGCGGCCUGCGCUCUCUCUACCAGCGCAAGGUGCUGCCGCUGGAGGAGGCGUACCGCUUCCAUGAGUUCCACUCGCCCGCGCUGGAGGACGCAGACUUCGAAAACAAGCCCAUGAUCCUGCUGGUGGGCCAGUACAGCACGGGCAAGACCACCUUCAUCAGAUACUUACUGGAGCAAGAUUUCCCAGGCAUGAGAAUUGGUCCGGAGCCAACCACAGACUCCUUCAUUGCUGUGAUGUACGGGGAGACCGAGGGGAGCACCCCUGGGAACGCUUUAGUGGUGGAUCCCAAAAAGCCAUUCCGAAAGCUUAGUCGCUUUGGAAAUGCUUUCCUGAACAGGUUCAUGUGCUCACAGCUGCCCAACCAGGUUUUGAAGAGCAUCAGCAUCAUUGACAGCCCCGGCAUCCUAUCUGGGGAGAAGCAGCGCAUCAGCCGAGGAUAUGACUUCUGCCAGGUCCUACAGUGGUUUGCCGAGCGCGUUGACAGAAUCAUCCUGCUCUUUGAUGCUCAUAAAUUGGACAUCUCAGAUGAGUUCUCAGAGGCGAUCAAGGCCUUCCGGGGCCAGGAUGACAAAAUCCGAGUGGUGCUGAACAAGGCUGACCAAGUGGACACACAGCAGCUGAUGCGAGUCUAUGGGGCCCUCAUGUGGUCUCUGGGCAAGGUCAUCAACACGCCUGAGGUACUUCGAGUCUACAUUGGCUCAUUUUGGGCACAGCCUCUGCAGAACACAGACAACCGCCGGCUCUUCGAGGCUGAGGCACAGGACCUCUUCAGAGACAUCCAGAGCCUGCCCCAGAAGGCUGCGGUGCGCAAACUCAACGACCUCAUCAAGCGAGCAAGGCUGGCCAAAGUGCACGCCUACAUCAUCAGCUACCUGAAGAAGGAGAUGCCAAACGUCUUUGGAAAGGAGAAUAAGAAGCGAGAGCUCAUCUCCAGGCUUCCGGAAAUCUAUGUUCACCUGCAGCGAGAGUACCAGAUUUCUGCAGGGGACUUCCCCGAGGUCAAGGCCAUGCAGGAACAGCUUGAGAACUAUGAUUUUACCAAGUUCCACUCACUGAAGCCCAAGCUGAUCGAGGCCGUGGACAACAUGCUGACCAACAAGAUCUCAUCUCUGAUGAGCCUCAUCAGCCAGGAGGAGAUGAACAUGCCCACGCAGAUCGUGCAGGGCGGCGCCUUUGAUGGCACCACAGAGGGGCCCUUCAACCAGGGCUACGGGGAGGGCGCCAAGGAGGGCGCCGACGAGGAGGAGUGGGUAGUGGCUAAAGACAAGCCCGUGUACGAUGAACUCUUUUAUACUCUGUCACCCAUCAAUGGCAAGAUAUCAGGUGUCAAUGCUAAGAAGGAAAUGGUGACCUCCAAGCUGCCCAACAGUGUCCUGGGCAAGAUCUGGAAGCUGGCUGACUGUGACUGCGACGGCAUGCUGGACGAGGAGGAGUUUGCACUGGCCAAGCACCUCAUCAAGAUCAAGUUAGACGGCUACGAGCUCCCCAACAGCCUGCCGCCACACCUUGUGCCCCCCUCUCACAGGAAAUCCAUGCCAAAGGCUGACUGAGGGUGCACGGCUGGGGCAGGAGAGGAGGGGCUGCCUGG